GUCAGUCACCGCCCCCAUACUGCUAGCUGUUUUGAAAAUGAAACUAGUGCGUUUUAUUUUGGAAAGCUGCGUGAAAACGAAACAUACGUUUACUGAAUAAAAGCUUGGUUGAUAUGAAACACCGCGCAAAGGAAUGAACCAGCCAAAUGAUGGGAAUGCUGUACUGGACGGGACGUGCUGAGAUUAUAUUGAGCAUGUAGCAGUAGGCUUGUCGACUUAGUGAGCUCAAAGCUUCCAUCAGUAUGGCACAAUUCAGCACAGAAUACCAGCGUCUGGAGGCGUCCUACAGCGAUUCUCCCCCUGGAGAGGAGAAUCUGCUCAUGCAUGUACCUGAAGGAGCCAAAUCCCAGUGGCACCACAUAGAAAACCUGGACCUGUUUUUCCAGAGAGUGUAUAAUCUGCAUCAGAAGAAUGGAUUCACUUGUAUGCUGCUGGGCAAGAUGUUUGAACUAGUUCAGUUGCUGUUUGUGGUUGGCUUUACAGUGUUCCUCGCUAACUGUGUGGACUAUGACAUCCUCUUUGCCAAUAAGUUUGUCAACCACACCGACUCCUCCAAAGUCACAUUACCUGACGCCUUCCUCCCCAUCAAUGUCUGCAGUGCCCGAAUCCGAGACAAUGCAUUUGUCAUGUUUGUGCUGAUGAUUUCUGGAGUGUUUUGGCUGCAUCGCCUGGUUAAAUUCAUCUACAAUGUCUGCUGCUACUGGGAGAUCAGAUCCUUCUACAUCAGCGCACUCAAGAUGACCAUGUCAGAGUUGCCUUAUGCAUCAUGGCAGGAAGUUCAAGCUAGGAUAGUGGAGAUCCAGAAGGAGCAUCAGAUCUGUAUCCACAAAAAGGAAUUAACAGAACUUGACAUUUAUCAUCGCAUCCUACGCUUUAAAAACUACAUGGUUGCCAUGGUGAAUAAGUCACUCCUUCCUGUGCGAUUUCGUCUUCCUUUACUUGGAGAGUACGUCUUCUAUACUCGUGGUCUGAAGUACAACUUUGAACUAAUUUUCUUUUGGGGCCCAGGUUCUCUAUUUGAGAAUGAGUGGAGCCUGAAAUCGGAGUAUAAACGAGGAGGAAAUAGGCUUGAACUGGCAGACAGGUUAGCCUCUCGUAUCCUCUGGAUUGGCAUUGCCAAUCUGCUGCUCUGUCCAGUCAUUCUGGUGUGGCAGAUUCUCUACGCCUUCUUUAGUUACACAGAGGUGAUUAAGAGGGAGCCUGGUUCUCUAGGAGCAAGAUGCUGGUCUCUCUAUGGUCGUUGUUACCUCCGCCACUUCAAUGAGUUGGACCAUGAACUCAUGUCACGCCUUAGCAAGGGCUACAAGGCUGCAUCCAAGUACAUGAACUGUUUCCUUUCCCCUCUGCUGACUGUGGUGGCUAAAAAUGUCGCAUUUUUCGCUGGGUCCCUUCUGGCUGUCCUGAUCACCCUGACCAUCUAUGAUGAGGACGUGCUCGCAGUGGAACAUGUCCUGUCAUCAAUCACACUGCUUGGAGUGUGUAUCACAAUCUGCAGAUCAUUUAUUCCUGAUAAACACAUGGUAUUUUGUCCUGAGCAGCUGUUGCGGGUCAUCCUGGCUCAUAUCCACUAUAUGCCUGACCACUGGCAAGGCAAUGCACAUAGAUAUGAGACCCGUGACCAGUUCUCUCAGCUCUUCCAGUACAAGGCUGUGUUUAUUCUCGAGGAGCUGCUGAGUCCAGUUGUGACGCCCAUCAUCCUGAUUUUCUGUUUGAGGAGAAAGUCUCUGGAGAUUAUUGACUUCUUCAGAAACUUCACUGUGGAGGUGGUCGGUGUGGGAGAUACUUGCUCCUUUGCACAGAUGGACAUCAGGCAGCACGGACACCCUGCGUGGAUGUCGGAGGGGAAAACCGAGGCAUCUGUUUACCAGCAGGCUGAAGAUGGAAAGACUGAGUUAUCUCUGGCACUUUGCAUCACCAACCCUCAGUGGCAGCCUCCCCAAGAAACCACACACUUCAUCAGCCAGCUGAAAGAAAGAGUUCACAGAGAGGCCACCGGAGUUCCUGCAGACCUGCAUCCACUCUCACUGUCAGAGUCUGAGCCAAGAAGUCUCAUUGCAAACCUUCUGGCUGGUCCGCCCAUGGUGGCCUCUGGUCAUUUCAGCCGGUACGGCUGUUCGACAAGCCACGCAGCAGCUGGUGGAAGCGAUGGGGCUUCUGCCUUGCGCUCUCUUUCGCCAGUCAGCGGAAGUUUUCACCUGAGAGGUAGCUUGAGUGCCACUCACAAAACUGCCGUCCACACUUCAGCCAUGAGCAGGACAAUGAUGGGCUCCGGGACGGAUGCCCGAACUGUGAGUUCCAGCAGCAGUGCUUGGGAAGGUCAGCUCACCAGUUUGGUCCUGUCAGAGUAUGCUUCCACUGAGAUGAGCAUCCAUGCAUUGUACAUGCAUGAAAUGCAUAAGCAGCAGUCGCGUGGUGACCUAUCCCGCCACACGUGGCACAGGCAGGAGAGUGACGAGAGCAGUGACAGCAUUCCAGAAGAAGUGAGGAGCGAACCCAGCCCUCGCUCCAGAAAUUUCCCGCGCUCGCACACUUUUCCUACAUCCGUUCCCAGCCCCAGUGCCAUUCCCACAUCAGCUUCAGCUUCAGCCGCCAGCAACGCCACACUUGGUCAGGAGGGGGCUCAACCACAGAGCAGCAGCCAGCGGGGGCCUGUCGCAGGUGCAAGGGGAAGGGUGGUGCGAUCAGUCCGUGUGCCAAUGGGAGGGUGGGCGGAGGACGUCCAGACAGCGCCGCGACAACAUGAUCCGGUCCCAGAGGAGAGCUCAGAGGAUGAAAUGCCUCCUCACAUACACAAAGUGACGUAACACUGAUGAGAAUAAACACCAGCCUCCCUCCUUCCACAACCAAACACACGCAUGUAAUUUCUACUCUAGGAGGAAUUUUUUUCUUUCUUGGUGUAGAUGAAGAUGUACACACAGGACAGCAGUGUGCCCUGCAAAUGCACAAUUACUACAACAAUCCAGAC